AUGGCGAUUCUGUCUUCUAACCUCGUGAAUUCUAUCAGAGUCGCAUUCUAUGCAUUUGUGUCAUAUCUCUUGCUCACAGAUCCCAAGUCCGUGCUCGAGUACGAAGGGUUAAUUAUCCUUGCCUCGUCCAUGAAUAUGCCCCUUUUGUUAACGACAGAAGGGUCUUCUAUCUACGGGGCCCUGGCAUUGCUCUUGUUUAUGACCGCGCUGAGCGACUUGGUGCCUCUUCUGGAUGGGAACCACGGUUAUUUUGAGGCCACUAUCCCAACGAGACUUCUUGUCCACUUCGCUCUGGUGUUCUACUCAUACAUGGGAGGAAACCCAAUCAUUUCCAAUUCGUUGAUCUUUGGCUACUGCUUUAUGGAGAUCUGGUUUUCUGUCUUGAUUUUCAGCUCGUUGAGGGAGGAAAAAGUGGAAAGAGCCAAAAAUGAGCAAAAGAGGGCUUUGGAGUUAAAAGAUAAGUACGAAAGAGGCGAGCUCAAUGAGGAAGAGGAGGAAAAACUCACCAAAGACCUUCAGGAGAUUGAAAUGAAGAAGAUUAUGAGGGAGUUUGAAGACAAAUAG